AUGAACAGCAGCAGGCGUUUACGCAGCAACAGUCGUCCAAACAGUUCUGUGCGCGCUCCUGUCAAGUUCGAGACGCUGUUCCAAGAGCCCGUGCCGGUGCUGGGCUGGACUCUGGCGAGCGAGCAGAAGCUGCAAACGUACGUCCAGAGCCACCUCAGCAGUGGCGGUGAGUGCCAGGUUGUCGGAUACGCCGGGAGCAACGACGACAGUGCACCGUACUCGCUGAACUGCAACGUCGGGACACCUCCCACAGCUUCGGCGAACCCCCACGGGUCGACGACACCAGUGUUUCCGUGGAUGCUGCAGCGUCGGUCCGAGUCCGCUGAAGAGUGCUCCCGUCACCCUGCAGGUGACACUGCACAAGGAGGCAACAAAUCCGAGGGCUUUAAGCGGCCGAGAACGGUAUACACGCGGGAACAGCUGUUUCACAUGGAGGUCGAGUUCCGCUACAACAAGUACUUGUGCUCCACACGUCGAGCACAGCUGGCCAAUGCGUUGAACCUGUCCCAACAACAGGUCAAGGUCUGGUUCCAAAACAGGCGCAUGAAGUUAAAGAAGGAAUCCCGGCGCAGCUGCGCAGCGUCAUCCCCAGAACAGUCUACGGAUGACGAGUCGCAGAAAAGUGGAGAUUCGGGAUCACCGCAGGGUACACUGGGGUCACCCCAGGGUAUCCCUGAGUCACCUCAGAGUACCUGGGAGUGUCCGAUCAACAGCACACUGCAAACUGACAGUGGUAGCAUGGAGCUCGAACAGGUCGAACUAGUCCUGUACAGGUUCACCGUCCGCUGCUCCGGCGUACUUGGGGAUGGGAAGGCGCAGACGCUGCCCACUCGCGUGCCGCUGAGUGUCACCCAGAUGCUGUCCACCGGCCGACUCGCCGUCGUCGACGGCGUUGACUGCACUUUAAAGACGUCUUCGAUCAAGUCGCAGCGGGACGACUGGCGCGCAACGGCGCCCUGCUGGACGCGUGAAGCGCCAUGA